UUAUAUUAGGUAAUGGAAGGUCCUUUAUUUCAUCGUAUCAAAUCCCGCUACGCUCUGGCAAGAAGAUGACAACAGCCGGAAUGAGCGAAAGCACUAUGGUGAUGGAUCCGGGGGCCGCCUUCACUCUUCUGCUAUCAUGCCCUGACGGCCUUCCAAGAUCAAGAGUAUAUGUUGACUUCGGCAUAUCAUAUGACAGGAUUCCUCAUCCAGAUACUAAAUUGGAAGAAUCUAUAAAUGAGAUAUGGACCCUUCAAACAGAAAAGAACCAAUCACUCUAUAAUGGAAAGAAAUUCAGAUAUGGGGGACACACACUUCAUCAUGCAGAUGGUGCUGACAAUAAAUCCUCUGUAUGCCUUCACUUGGGUCUAACGGAUUACAGGACAUUUGUUGGCACAAACUUGAGCCCUCUCUGGGAGAAUUUCCUUGUUCCCUCAAAAGAUGAUUCCAUUUGUUGUCAACACUCAGCUAGCCCCCUGGGUAAUGGAGCUAUUGUUAAAACAGCUGAUAAAAGGGUACUUGUCUUGCAAAGAAGCCUCAACGUGGGUGAGUUUCCAGGAUACUUUGUUUUCCCAGGAGGCCAUUCAGAGCCUGAAGAAGUUGGUGUUUUAUUCCAUCAAAUGAACAAAAACUCAACAGAACAUGAAGCAUUAAAUGACAGGGUUUCUCAAGAGAUGUUUGAAGGUAUUGUUCGUGAAGUGGUUGAAGAAAUUGGAGUCCCUGCAGAAUCAUUGAGUGAUCCCAUCUUUAUUGGAAUAUCAAGGAGGAACCUGAAUGUUAGGCCAACUGCAUUUUUCUUUGUUAAUUGUAGUCUUAAGUCGGAUGAAAUUCAGCAGCUGUAUUCAAGAGCCCAAGAUGGUUAUGAAUCUACCCAGCUUUUUGAUGUCUCAAUGGAAGAGUUGCUAAAGAUGUCAGAGAGAAUGCCUGGUUGCCAUCGGGGUGGAUAUGCAUUGUAUGAGCUGAUGAUGAAAGCCAACCAUGGCGACUUAUAAAUAUGACCAUGGCGAAUCUUGUUGAUCCCCAAUUUGUUGCAGUCUCUUGUCAAGUGACUGAGCGAACCUUCAUCAAACUUAGCUGCUGAAAAUCCUGUAUGACAGUAAAGGAUGAUUUUUGAAAGAUGUUGUGGCACUUCUUUGUUCAGCACCUCAAGGAAGAUGUGGAAUAAAUAUUAUUAUUAAUUGGAAUGUUAGAGAUUGUAAACAUACAAGCUUAUUUGAUUCAAAGAUGUGGUAAUGAUAAUGGGAUUUUUUUUCCUUGUAAAAGAUUAAAAAGUUUGUCUUUGAUUA